AAUAAAAAUAACUUGUAAAUGGAAUUAUGGAAAAAACUUUCUUCCAAGCUUGUAAAAAACAAAAAUUCGAUUAAACGCAGUAAAGAUAAUGCUGUCAGUUUUGUUACAGACGGUGAAAAGCAGGGAACUGGUAUUAGUAUACCUUUACAAUCAUCCGCUGAAGAAUUUCAUAGCAAGAUAUGUCAACAACUUGUCACUUUAGAAAAAAGAAGAUGCUUGCUGAAAGCUAUAAGCAAUUAUGCAAAAACAUCAAACAUCAAACGUUUUAUUAAACGCUUGGAUGCUCUCGUUGAAACAAAUACUGAUUUACUUGAUGUUAUAAGAAAUGUUGUAUUUGAGCAGCAUAAAUCAAUUUAUGACGAUCAUAAAGCCAGAAAAUUAUCUUAUCUGAGAAAUGAAAAGCAUGUAGUUCAAAUUAUUAAAGGUGAUGAUCAAUCCAUGGGGUUUAAAAUUCGCGGUGGAAAGGAAUAUGGUGUUGGUUUCUAUGUAACUUCAGUAAAUCCAAACUCACCAGCAGAUAUUGCUGGUUUAAAGCCAGGUGAUGAAAUAUUUUGCAUAAAUGAUCUUCCUAUUCAAGAAUCUAUUAAAGAUGAGUUGCUUGAAAUAUUUCGGAGUAAAGAUUCUAUGAGUCUUGUUGUCAAAAGUUCUGGAGUAUAUCCUGUAAAAAAAGAAGGUAAAAUAGAAUGGAUAUCAGUAAAUGAAAGUUUAUCAAAAGAAAGCAAAGAUGUUAAAGAUCGGAUUGUUUCAAUAGCAAUUGGUUCUCAAGGGUUUGGUUGCAAGAUACGUAGAUUAAGUAAAUAUGAUGGAGUAUAUGUUAUCUCAGUUAAAGAUAACUCAUUGGCACAAAAAAUUGGAGUUAAAGUUGGUGAUAAAGUGCUCAACAUAAAUGGAAGAGAUUUUCAAAACAUUAGUCAUCAAGAAGCAUUAGAUAUUAUACAAUCAGCACGAAAUCUGAGCAUUGUUUUAACUUUCAAUGAGGAUGUCAGGGAAUACCUUCAGCAAAUUCAAAAAAAAGAGUCAAACAAUGGUAUUGAAAGUAACAUAGAAGAAAUUUUAAAAGAAAGUGAAGAUGCAAAAAAAGAUGAAACAUCAUAUGUUGCAAGCCAUCUUCAUGAUGAACAAUCUUUUACAAAAGAAGAGAAUAUUGAUACUGGAAGUAAAGAUGAUUAUGAAUACAAAAUCAAACUUGAAGAAAUAGAAAGAAAAAAAGAAACAGAAGAAGCAGAAAAACAUAAGAACUCUUACUCAACCAGAGAAAGAGAAAAGUAUGAAAAAAUAUACACAAAGUCUACCCAACAAAGUAACUCACCUAAAAAUCUUACUGUGGCAGUUGUUCAAGAAUCAGAGAAUGAAAAGUUGAAUGUAAAAAAUAAAUUGUCAAAAAAAAACAAUCAACCUAUUUCCUCAUCAAUUCUUCGUUCAAACAAUACUAGUAACACAAACAAGACUGCUAAACAUACUAUCUUUGCUGAAAGUGUCAAUGUAGAGAUAAUAGAAGUAGAAAAGUUUGAAAAUGAAGAUGAAGAUGAUGAAGUUAUUUUACCUGACUCUAGCAACUUUAACUAUUCAAAGGACUUCUUAGAUGGUCGAGAGGUGCACUAUGUAUCCAUACCAAAGGGAAGUCCCAUGGGUAUGGAAUUAACACAAAAAGGAAACAUAGUGGCUGUAAAAUCUGUAGAUGCUACUGGUGCAGUAGGAACACAUGGUUUUAUCCAGCCUGGCGAUUGGUUGCUAAAUGCUGAAGGAGAUGAUCUGAUAGGAAAAGAUGUUACAGAAGUAAACAAGAUAUUAUCUGGUAUUUUGCAAAGGUGGUCGAAACAUAUCGAAUUGAUUGUUGCUUGUUCUCCUGGACGCGAGCCACCUAAAUUACCAACUAAAAAAGAUAGUUCUGAGCUUUUUCGGGAUGCUAGUGUUUUAUAUGCUUCGAUACCUAAAGAACAGACUAUUUCUUCAGACGAUUCUACUUUAGAGAUCUCAUCAUGCAGCGAGUUAUCUAUGGAUUUUAUUUUACCUAAAAUGCGCAAAGUAAAACGAGAUGAAGGAAAAGUUCAACUAGAUGAUGAGUUGAAAGAGGGUGACAAAGUACUAACAAAUGAAAAAAUACAUUCGAACCAUAAUGCUUAUCAAUCAGAUAACCUACUAUAUUCCAAUCAUAAAGAACAGGCAAAUUAUAAAACUAAAUCAGAAGAAACUAUUGUAAGAAAAAUCAGACAGAAUGAAAUGGUUCAACCAGACAAUGAAAUCUCUAACUACAGCAUUAGUAAAAAGCAUAAGAAAUCUGUUGUAAAAACAGAGCAAUUACCUAUUGGAUCUCUAAAUGAAAAAAUAGUUUCAUUUGAAAUUAAAGGUUCUCAUUCUGAAAAUAUUGAAAUGAAACAACAAAACAUGUCACCGUCUAAAAAAAGUUUUUCAACUAGCAGUAAAAUAGAACAAAUGGAGAAACCAUGUUUCAUUAUCGAUAAUCAAAAAUACUCUUCAGAAAAUCAAAAGUCUGAUACUAAAGCUCUGCGAUCAUUUGAAAACAAAGCACUAAAUGAAGAAACGGAGUUACCUGAAGAAAAUGUCCUCAGACGCUCUCCUGUUAAGAAUGUUGAAACAGUAAAGCAAAAAACUUUAUCCAAAAAAAGAUUGUUUUCCAAAAAUAAUGAAAAAUCAGAUCUAGAAAAACUUGAUUCACUUCAAUCUCCAAAUUCUCUUUAUUCUUCAGAUGAACCCUCUCCUAAUAAGUCACUUAAACAACAAGAAGAAAAAAUAUUUCCUGAAAAAAAAUUAUCUACCAGAAAAAGAAGUACUUCUGAAAAGAAAAAAUUUUCUAUCAAAAGCUCUAAGAACAAAGAAGAAAAAGCUGUUAAAAAGAAAAUUUUGUUUAAUACCAAAAAAAAUAGUUUGUCUAUAAAAAAUAGUGCUGCUAAUGACAAUGUUGUUGAAAAUAUCAUUAAUAAUCAACUUGUUUCACCGGAAAAAAAAAAUUUUUCAGAUAAUGCAACUGCUGAUUUCGCACACUUUUCUGAAACAAAUUCUUCUGUUUUAAAAAAUGUCUCAGAAAUUUCAGAAAAUAAAGAUUUUUUAGUUGUCUUAGAGAAUAAAACAGCAUCUUCAGUUCAGAAUCGUGCCUCCCACAAAGAGAAUAUCGACGAGCAAGAAAAUUUCACUGAUUCCAUUCAAAAAACGGACUGUUCAAUUAAAAACACACCCUUUCAAGAAAAAAAUGAAGAGCCUUUAAAAAAUUCCAACUCUCCAAUAAAAGAUGAUCCCUUAAUAAAAAGCGCAAAUAUUUCAAAAAAAAAAGUAGAAUCCCCUUUUUUUGAAUUUGAAAAACAAGUAACUCCAAAUGAAAAAAAGCUUUUUCACACAAGCAAAACUGAUUUAUCUGCAAUCUCUCAAACAAAACAGAUAAAAGAGAAAAAUGAUUUUUCCAGCGCCAAGCAAAAAGUAUUUGCUGAGGUUGGGGUUCAAACAGAAUUAGAGCGUACUAGUAGUGUACAUGCAAACGAUGGCUCAGGUAGUAGUGUACUUGCAAACGAUGGCCCACAUAACGAUGGCCUAGGUAGUAGUGUCUUUUCAAGUAGUAGCGUACUUGUUGAAAAUAAACUCAUUUCACACAAAUAUACGCUUUUUUCAUAUAAUAAAAAUGAAGAGGAAAAAAUAAAAAGUAUGCGCAAAACCAAUUUAAACAAAUUACAAAAAAAUAAUAGCGUACCACUAAAUGAUGUUUUUAACGAAAACGAAAGACAAGCAUUGACAGAUUUGUCAUUACAAAAUUUUUGCUCCAAUUGUCUUACUCUUAAAACAUUUGACAAUAAAACAGAACAUGCUAAUAAUAAUGUCAUAUAUUCAUCUGAAAACAAGGCCGAGGGGGCCAUGGCUAUAUCUUUUUCAACUUCAUCAAUGUCUGAUAAAAAUUUUAUAACUUCUUCAACAUCGUCAAUAACUAACAUACCAUCAAAACAUAUUGUUUCUUCACCUAAAAAUUUGACACCCAUUGUUUCUAUUGCUACACCUAAAAGCUCACCUUAUAUAAGAAAUAAGACUAGAGUUCAAAUGUCAAAUAAUGUUUCUAUAAGUAAAGAAUUCAGAGACAAAAAAUUUAAAAACACCUUAAAUAUCGAAAACAAACACUUAUUUGACUCCUACAACAUUAAAUCGUCUAAUUUAAAUUUCUCGUCAUUAACUAAAUACUCUCCUCGAAUACCAGAAAAAGAUGAUUCCUCUAUAUUGGUGGGUAGUAAUUAUUUGAAUGAAAGUUCAAACCUUUUGAUGGAGACGGUUGAGAAAAAUAUUCAACCAGAAACAGAGAUUUCAAAUAUUAAAAUUUCAACAGAAGAAAAAAGAAACAAUAUCUUUAAUGAGUCAAAAAAAAACGAUAGCUUCAACGAGUCAAAUUUUUAUGGAAAUAAUGAAGUGAUAAGGUUCUUAGAAAAUAAGAAGCCAAGUGUUCAACCUUUACUAAUCAAAAAUACUUUUACCAAAAAGAUUUUUACAAGUUCAAAAAAUCCGAUCUAUAAAUUUAGCAACAGUAAAAACGAAAUUGAAAAAGUAGAAGAACAAAUCAACUUUAAUCAAAAUCUUCUUGAAGAUAAAUCUCUUGACGGAUUUAAAGCAUCAUUCAAUGGAAAAGUUCCGAAAGCAUUUUUAGGUAACAAAGCUGACAUACUUUCUUUCUUAAAUACAAAAAUUGAUGUUUCUAAAAAUGACUUUAAGACGUUCUCCGUUGCAGAGAUUAAUAAAAAUUUCAGAAAAGAAAAUAUAUUAGAUGUGAAAGAACCUCUAUAUAUUGAUGAAAAAAAACCGGAAGCUGAGACUGUUUUGAAAAAAGAAAAAACUGUUUGUUUUGAUGGUUUUACUUCCGACCCGAAAAAAGACUUAUUAUUAGUAUCACCAUCAUCCAACCUUAUCAAUAAACAUAAUAAAAAGGAUUUAAAGAUCCGCUCUGCUGAUUCGAUAAGAGAGAUUACAUUGUCUUCAUACUCCAAAGCAACUUAUGAAAAUCAACAUUCUAUAAUUUUUACUAAAUCAGUUCUUUUGCAACCGAACCCAGAUAAUUAUUUAAAACAAAAUUAUAAACAAUAUUCAAUUAAAAAAAGUAAUGGUUUAAAUGAAAAGAAAAAUAAUGACCCAGUUCAGAAUAGUAACCAAAUUAUGUCCAACCAAAUUGAGCAGAAUGAUAAAAAAGAAUCAAAAAACAAUUUUUUUGUAGAAAAUCAGAAUACAACUUUCGAAGUACAACCUAAAAUUGGUGAUAACGAAUUCCAUAAAACUUUAAACAAUGAACCUGAAACUCAAAGUGUAGGUUUCCAAAGCAACGAAAUAGAAGUUUGCGAGAACUUAAAUCAUGACAAUAUUUCCAGCAAUGUUGCAUCGCUAACUAGGUCCAAUUCUUUUCCUUUGAAUUUGAAAAACGCUUUAAAGCUAAGUAACAAUGAUCUUCGACAAAGAAGUCGCUCCAUAGUUUCAUCUCGAAAAGAAAUAAAGUCGAUUUUACAAAAGUAUAACAAAAGAACUUUAUCGAAAAAAGUGAAAUUUGCAGAGUUUGUAACAGUCGGCUUGACAACUCCUCCUAACAGUGAAUUUAGCAGUGAGGAAGAAAACCACUAGACUUUAUUUUGGAAAUUGUAAAAAAUAUGAAAUAUGAAAUAUUUUCUUGCAUUUUCAUUGAA